CAUCAGCUAGCAGUAGUAGAAGUUGGAAGGAGCCUGUGGAAAAAGUGUGUAAUCGUGAUCUAGAUUUAAAUUAUUUUUGCAUUUGGUCAUGAAAAUAUCCACUGUAGGUGUGAUGUGAUCAGAAAACUCUAUCCCACGGUUCUGAAAAUCCAUUGGUCAGUGAACGAAAAGACAGAGAAAAUGCUCUGCGCUGGAAAAUCUGGAGCGAAAUCUGCUCGCUGAUAUUUUUUCCUUCCGUCAAGCUGUAAAGUGAAAAGCUGCUGUCUGGUGAUUUUUUUUUAUUUGUUUCUGGUCAUCGGGUGGAGGGGAACUGCAGGGAAAAUCUUGCAUUUUCGCGAUUGUGUGUGAUCCUGUUGACGAAACAUACCCAGAAGAUGUUCCAGAUCUUCAAGUGCGAGUGGAAGCACCAACAAAGCAAAUGUCCGCUACUGCUAGGGAGUGUUCUGCUGCGACUCUCGCUAGCCCUGGUGCUGAUUCAGUUUUGUAUGCUGACAGCGGCAGGCGGAAUCAACUCCGGGCUGGCCACCGGGAACACAUCGUUCGGGGGCAAAUGUUCCGAAAUCCGAUGUAUGAACGGUGGCAGCUGUAAGAAUGGAACCUGCGUUUGUCCGGAUGGAUGGCAGGGCUCCGAGUGCCAGUUUUGUGGCGGAAAAGUUAGGUUGACUGACCCGUCCGGGAGUAUUCACGACGGGCUGGGCAACUACUCGAUCGGAGUCAAGUGCAGUUGGCUGAUCGAUGCCCGAGAUCACAAUAGCAUCGCGGAUAAGCUGUCACCGGUGGGUAGCGGGAAACCGUCGGUGAUCCGGUUGCACCUGGAGGAGUUCGCGACCGAGUGCGGAUGGGAUCAUCUGUACGUGUACGAUGGGGACAGCGUGGAGUCGCCGCUGUUGGCGGUAUUCAGUGGACUGAUGUAUCGGAAGAAUUUUAGCAUCCGAAGGGUGCCGGAAGUGUUUGCGCACAGCGGAUCGGCGCUGUUACAUUUCUUCAGUGACGAUGCGUACAACAUGUCUGGUUUUAACAUAAGUUAUCAGGUUAACGCGUGCCCCACAGUUGACACGGCGCUCAACUGCUCUGGCCACGGGGUGUGCGUCUACGGGGAGUGCAACUGUGAUCCGGGCUGGAAUGGACCGGCUUGUAGUGUACCUCGUUGUCCGAACAAUUGUUCGGCGCAUUUGGGCAGAGGUGCUUGUAAUGUAAUCCAACAGCGGUGCAUCUGUGCUAAGGGGUAUGAUGGGAAUGAUUGUUCGCAGGUGAGAUCGCACGGUGUUUGGACAACAAUCGAUUCGGAAGAUACGAUUGGGUUCGCACCACCAGGUAGUGCAUCACAUGGAGCAGCCGUGUUUCGGGAUACAUUCUACAUAAUUGCUGGUGAAAGUUAUGGAAAGGCAAAAUCCCAGAUGUAUAUGUACGACUUUAACGGAAAGGUUUGGGAAACGGCCCAUACGGACUCGAAGACAACACCAGAUUUACGGUAUGGAGCUUCGACGGUGAUGUAUGGUGAUAAAAUAUUUCUGUACGGAGGUGUGGUAGAAGAAAAAGGAGUGUGCGGUGAGUUGUGGGCUUUUGACGUGAGCGCAAAGAUUUGGGAGAAUAUCACGGUUAAGGCAGAUCAGUGCAAUGAAACGUACGCUAUGUGUGGUCCUUUAAAAUCCGCAGGACAUACGGCUACCUUGAUAUCUAACUUUGAAGCGGGAAAGAAAGGUCACUCUCAAAGAAUGGUGGUCAUCUUUGGUCAUUCUCCUCAGUUUGGCUACCUAAACACGGUGCAGGAAUACAACUUCGGUACUCGUGAGUGGAAAAUAGUUAAAACAAAAGGAUACCCAGUAAAAGGUGGGUACGGACACUCUGCUGCCUAUGAUCCGCUUAAGGAGCGAAUAUAUGUCUAUGGUGGGAUUGUUUCGGAAAGCGAUAGCACACAACUGUUGAGCAAUAAAUUGUACAGCUACGAACCGCACAGUCGAGUCUGGACAUUAGAGGCAGCAGCUCCGACUGCCAGAUUUUUGCACACCGCCAGCUUCAUAAGCCCCGGUUUGAUGAUGGUUUUCGGAGGUAACACUCACAACGACACUUCCCAUAGCUUCGGAGCCAAGUGCUACAGCAAAGAUCUAAUGGUGUACGAUAUUCUGUGCGAUUCGUGGCAUAUCCAACAAAUGCCCCAAGAUCUGCGGGCAGAUUUAGCUCGCUUUGGACAUUCUGCUAUUCUAUUCGAAGAAUCUCUUUAUAUCUACGGUGGAUUUGAUGGACAAAUGAUUAACGAUAUGUUGAAAUACACGCCUGGAAACUGCAGAGCAAUGAACCGGUCGGAUCAAUGUCUACACAGCCGACCAGGUUACAAAUGCAUCUGGGAUAUUCAGAAGAGCAAAUGCGUUCCCAUUUUGGACGUCGAUAAAGGGGCGCUGUUUAGUAGGGACCAAAUCAACUACGAGUUUUGUCCUCAAGAGAGUAGGCUGGUUAUGACACGACAGGCCCUACAAGACUAUGAACUGUGUAAUCAGUUGAACAGCUGCCAGAGUUGUGUGUCCACUUCGUACGGCUGCAUGUUCUGCGGGAUGGGUAGUGGGAAGGGCAUUUGUGCGAAAGAGAAGUGCCCAGAUGUGUCUUACACCUUCAGGGCAGAUUUUUAUCCGACUCGUAAACUGAAAGAUUGUCCGGAAAAUGACGAAAAGUUUUGUGAGCAACUGCACGGAUGUCACGCAUGUUCGGCGUACAAAUUUUGUCAUUGGGAUUACGAGCAUAGCAAAUGUCACUACGUGGGGAAUAAGACUGGUAGUAGUGAGAUUUUGAAUGAUGCGCUGCCAUGUCCACCGGCAUGUUCAGUGCUGACGACUUGCGGUAACUGUACACAGGAAGAGUGUAUCUGGUGUCAGAACGAACAACGGUGUGUAGACAAGAAUGCUUACACUGCAAGCUUCCCCUACGGACAAUGUCGCGAAUGGACAACUGGUUCUAACAAAUGUCGAGCCGCGAGCUCUGGCAAAAGCCAAUGUGGAUUUUACAAGACAUGUGCUCAGUGUCGAGAUGAUCCAGCCUGUGGUUGGUGCGACGACGGUUCGAUGACGGGUCUGGGACGUUGUCUUCCCGGGGGAGAUAGUGGAGCUCACGAAGAAAUGGAAUGUCCAGCAACUAGGUGGCACUUUACCCAUUGUCCCAGCUGUCAAUGUAACGGUCACAGUACUUGUCCGGACUCUAAAACCUGUAAACAACCCUGUAAGGAUCCAAUGAUUGGACAGAAUUGCGAAAAAUGCAAGCCAGGCUUUUGGGGUAACCCUGUGAAUGGAGGCACUUGCCAGAAAUGUGAUUGCAAUGGUCAAGCACAGUACUGCCACAGCGAAACGGGUAAAUGCUUUUGCAGCACUAAGGGACUUGCUGGGGAUCACUGCGAAAAGUGUGACGCCACCAACCAUUAUCACGGUGACCCAAGCCGCGGUUCUUGCUACUAUGAUCUCACCAUCGACUACCAGUUCACGUUCAAUCUAUCCAAGAAGGAAGACCGUCACUUCACACAAAUUAAUUUCCGAAACUCUCCAAUUAAAUCGGACAUUGAUGCUGAUUUUAGCAUAACGUGCUCGGUGGCAUCAAAGAUGAACAUCACAAUCCGGACGGCAGGUGGUCCGGAGAAGCCUCUGUUUUCUGCUGUCAACUGUUCCACUUUCCGGUACCGAUUUUCCAAAGCGGAACAUCAUUUUGGCAUCGAGGACAACGUCACACUCACCACGUUCUACGUAUAUGUGUACGACUUCCAACCACCGCUGUGGAUCCAGAUUGCAUUCUCGCAGUAUCCAAAGCUGAAUCUGCAGCAAUUCUUCAUAACGUUUUCAACAUGCUUCCUGCUACUACUGUUGAUGGCGGCCAUCUUGUGGAAAAUCAAGCAACGGUACGACAUGUUCCGUCGGCGGCAGCGAUUGUUUGUCGAGAUGGAACAGAUGGCAUCGAGACCGUUUUCUCAGGUUCUCGUUGAGAUUGAAAGCAAAGAAUACAAUGAGCUGUCGCCGGCCGUAGAGAAUAUUACUAGUGCUCCUAGGAAACGAAAAAAGGAUUCACCAAGUCCAAUCGCACUGGAGCCUUGUGAAGGUAACAGGGCGGCAGUGCUCUCGCUUCUAGUCCGGCUGCCGACAGGUGGCCUCCAACACGCUCCUCCUGGUCAAUCGGCAGGUCUUGCCGUAGCAAGUGCAUUAGUAACGUUAGGUAACCCGCGACGGCCAUCGAUAGAGCAUCCGAAGGAACCUAAGAGUAAACGUAAGCAGAGCCAACAUCCCGAUAGUUGUAUAUAGAGACGGUAAGCAGACAAAAUAUUAUACAAUGCUGCAAAAAGAAGGGUAAAGAGCGAGAGAGAAAUCAAACAUCAGAAGCAAGUAACUAUUAAUUAAUUAUAAAUACCUAAACAAAUCAACAUUGUAAACGACUUUGAUGAUCACUAACUACGAUAGGGUAAAGGACGGAACAGUUGGAGAAGAAACCAGAAACGCAGUAGAAUAUGUAAGUUUCAAAACGGUGUUAUUGUGGAUAGGCUAUCGUAUUUUAGGAGGCGCUACCGAUCUCUACGAUAGAAGGAAUCAAACUGCAGGAAUGGUAGUUUUCGUUUUGUAAUGGGUAACGUAAUUUAAUUUUACACACUAACUGUUUGUGAAUAGUAGGAUAUAAAGGGAGUACGGAAAAGCAAUUUCACUGAUAGUCUUUCCCUUUGUGAGGGAAUACCGGCUAAAUUGAGGGAAUAUCAUUCGCGUUUUUUUUUCGUGUCGAAUUAUAGUAAGUUCUCGAUUACUUGAAAUUUAAUCUGCAGCAUAAUUAUUUCUGACUUUGUUCGUACUAUUGUUAUCAUUGUUUUGUUUCUACAUUUUAGAAAGCUAUCAAGGUUUCCCGUGACUACCACGGUUUACAAAACUGAAAAACAAAUACGUCUUUCUUUGUAUUCGAUUGAAAAGUGCUCUGCUGGGUUACUAUGUAUCACUACUAAUAAUAACAUUAAGUUAUCUUCGCGUUUGCUAUUUCAACAAUUAACGUGUGUUCAACCUACAAACCUAAACGUAUAGAACUGAUGGUAAGACUUUUGUUUCUGCUUUAGUAUCAUGAGUUACACAUAGUUUGCGCAAAUAUUUCCAACUGCAUUUUUCUACCACGCGAUAUAGCAAAAAUAAGUCACUUGUGGGCAGGUACAAAAUACUCAACGUUCCGUAAACCUACUAUAUUUUUUGAUAUCCUGUCAAAGUCUUCAACUUGCUAACAAAAAUUCUACUUCCAUUGUUGGUGUUACGAAAGUACCGUAUGAUGGCAUUUGUAAAGCUUAUCAACUUUUCGGUUCAAACGAAAUUUAAAUUUAAAUCUUCGAAAUAACCCCGGUAAGUCCAACCGGAAAAUGAGCCGGAGUUCUGGCUGGAGCCAGCCAGAAUGCCGACACAUAUUCCGGUUAGACUUACUGAGAAUGGAUGUCCACGGCCUUCGCCAGCAGAAGGAGAAAGGGAGAGAGAGAGAAAGGAAACAAAGGAGAAAGUGAACAACGCCUCAGCAAAUGCGGUUUUGGAUUUAAAUGUGAUGAUUAGAUAUUAGUAUUACACUCAAAUAAAUGCGGCUGCAUAGAAAGCAGCAGCUUAAAAACAGGAAAAAGUUAUUGCCUCGUACAAAGGCUUUUUGUAAAUUGGCCUCGGAUGUCUAUAACCAAAUGGUUUUACGAAGAAUUCCAAAACGGAUACGAUGUGCUUGCUGAAUAGGUGAAAUGGCAGGGUAAGAAGAGCAAUGAAAUGGAAAAUCAAACUACAGCAUCACAAUACUAUUAUAAUUAUAGAACCUUCAACACAUGGAAAUACAAUUGUUCAGUGGCAAGGCAUUGAGAAAUACAUAGCUCGUAGGUAGCUCAUGGAUAAGAUACGUCUGAAGCUUGGAUCGUAAGGUCCAGACUCAUUUGCGGCUUCCGGGAAUCCGCAAAUGGUGUGUGAAAGUAGAUCACCGGUAGAAUUUGUAAAAACAGGAAAGUAAUUUGAUGAAAAACACACACAGUGAGAAAAAAGUAUUUUAUGGCAUUUGUUGCAAUAAUAAAAACUGACGAAAUCAGAAA